AUGCGCCUGCUGCAGGCCUGCGCGAGGGAGGCGCGAGCAAACAUGGGAGGAGAGGAGCACGGAUGCGAAGCAGCAAGCAGCAGCAGGCAGCCCGGGCGGUCGCAGCCGGCAGGGCCAGGCACAAAUGGUUCGCCCUUGACACCACACCACACGACGGCCAGACCAACUGCCUGGCCCCCAAAAGGCACAGACGCCGUCAUGCAGCGGCGCCGCUCGCGCUAACAGCUUCGAUCCCUCCUAACUAGGCGGCCAGCAGCUCGGCUGUUCCCAGGAUUCCUUUUGUUCCUCUGUCAUGCUUCUUUUAUUUCCAUUGAAGGUCCUACCUAUCUAAUGGCGGGCCAUUAUCAUGGCACUCGUGGCUUGCACCCAUGAAUCUUUGGCACGAAUAUUGGCCCCAUCCAAAAGCUCGGUUGCCAAUUUAGGAACCGACUCCUCAAGCUGGCGUAGCUCUAUUGGACACGGCAGCUCGCCACCGAGAUAAAGGCCCACAGGCGCCAUGGGGGGAAGCAGAGAGUCGCCUCCACGCUUCCUCUCCACCCUGUUUGUCUAGCGCAUCCCACCUUUUGGGAUCCGGCUGCCACACUCCCGCCCUCUCGA